ACUGCGGCGGAUGUUGAUGUUUUGUUUCGGAGCCUGCUAAAGGAUGUGAGCUGAAUCGUCUUCGGGACGGGUUGAUAUUUUCCGUCGUUGUCUUCACGGUUCUCUUUGUACAAUUUCUGCAGUAAGGUAUCGCUGUCUGUCGGCAUCGUGUCUCUCCCGGUGUCUCUCCCGGGAAGCGCGAGGCCGAGUCGUGCGAUGAUGGAGGACUUUGAUGAGAUCUACGAAGAGGAGGAGGAGGAAGAAGAGGACGAGGACAGGGCCGCGGAGGAGCAGCUCCUCAAGUACGCUCCGGACCCGGUGGUUGUGCGAGGAUCCGGCCACGUCACUGUGUUUGGGCUUAGUAACAAAUUUGAGUCAGAAUUUCCUUCAGCACUUACGGGGAAAGUGGCACCGGAGGAAUUCAAAGCCAGUAUCAACCGUGUAAACAGCUGUCUGAGGAAGACGCUGCCAGUGAAUGUGCGGUGGCUCCUGUGUGGCUGCCUCUGCUGCUGUUGCACGUUGGGCUUCAGUUUGUGGCCUGUCAUCUGCCUCAGCAAGCGGACAAGAAGAUCUAUAGAGAAGCUCCUGGAGUGGGAGAACAGCAGACUUUACCACAAGUUGUGUUUGCACUGGAGACUAAGCAAAAGAAAGUGUGAAACCAACAACAUGAUGGAAUAUGUAAUCCUAAUAGAGUUCCUACCUAAGAUCCCCAUCUUCAGACCGGACUAGCGUGACUGCAGCUCAUCUUAAAACCACCACUGCUGCCCAGCUCUGUCACAGAACCACAGUGGCUGUCAAGCUCCUGAAUAACUACCCUUCCCAAAAUACUACAAUAUUUUUGUUUACAGGGUAGCAUCAAUCAACUUUUCUCUUUGACCCGUUCUCCCACCCAUACCUUAUCUACACCCUUGUUUACAAAUCCAGCAUCCCCACUCUGGCAUUGAAGUGAAUUCACCAUUGAACCAUGACGGACGAGCUGGCACCAGCCUGUGGGACGUCAGGGGAGACCCAUCCAUGGGCAGUGUUAUUAAUUUUGGAGCCAGAGCUGGAGACUGGACCGUCGAACUCGAGUUCUGUGAGCUACAACUGGAAUUUUGUCAUCUGUAUGUUCCCUAUCCUAAGCACAUGGCACAGUCAGACCAUGAUACGACAAACCCUUUCAUACGUUACCUACUGUCACGCCGCCAACUUCACCUGCAAAAAAUACACCCCAGUGCUUUUGUAACAGUUGGUUUGGUUCUCUAGAUCCUUACUAGAGGCUGUGGAGGCAACAUGAUGUGGAACUCCAAAGGAACUGUCAUCCAAAUCAACUCUGUAGCGGACUAACUAGUCUCACAGGAACAUGUUGGGCCAGUGGCCAAAAAAGCGGAACUCACUCUUCUUAUCAACUACCAGACAUUGUUAUCCCUUUCACCUUCGUAUCUCUGCACACUUACUGUGCAUCACCCUAACCCAGUGACAAUCACACACUUUGACUGUACUCCCCAUAGUAUGAUUGGGCCUUUAUGCUACGAUGUUUACCUGGAACAAUUUGUUUUCACCAUUAUGUGUGUCCAGGUGAUGUAUCCAGACCGGCUGCCUAGCAACUUCUUCUCAGUCACAGUGGAACACAUAAGCUGGAAAGACAGCCACUGGUGACGUUGAAAGGAAUUCUUGGUUUCUUUAUAUUUUUUUUAGUAUCUCAAGUUUUGUUUACUGUUUUGGUGAAAGAGAGGCAGUCAGUGCUUGCAAACUUGGUGUGUGUGUGUGUGUGUGUGUGUGUGUGUGUGUGUGUGUGUGUGUGUGUGUGUGUGUCAGUCAAACAUAAGCAAAAAAGACAAAUCAGACAUGAAGACAUACUCUUUACUCUGUGAAGCAGGGUUCUUUCUCCUAAGUAUUUCUUUGCCAUAACUGAUCUUUGUUACUUUUGUUGUAGUAAUUUAUAAGUGCAUGAGUGUACAUAUUAUAUGUGCAUUCAUGAAAUACGACUCAGUUUUUGGUUUUUUUUUG